AUAGCCCAGGAAAAGUGACACUCGCGGAGCCCGCCGGAGCGCGGAGGAAAUAAAAGCGGCGGCGGGCAGGAAGUGUGAGGAGGAGGAGGAGGAAGGGGAGAAGAAGGAGGCGGAGGAGGAGGAAAAAGAAGAAGAAGAAGAAACAGCAGCAGCUGCUGCCGCCGCGGCAGAAAAGAAAGCAAAAGCCGCCCGAGGGCUCGGAGCCGGCGGCGCGGCAUCCGCGGGGCUGCGCGGCCAUGGCCCGGGAGAACGGGGACGGCGGCGGCUCCUGGAAGAAGCAGGCGGAGGACAUCAAGAAGAUCUUCGAGUUCAAGGAGACGCUGGGGACGGGUGCAUUCUCUGAAGUUGUUUUGGCUGAAGAGAGAGCGAGUGGAAAACUCUUCGCAGUCAAAUGCAUUCCCAAGAAGGCACUGAAGGGAAAGGAAAGCAGCAUAGAGAAUGAAAUUGCAGUGCUGAGAAAGAUCAAGCAUGAAAAUAUAGUUGCUCUGGAAGACAUCUAUGAGAGCCCGAACCAUUUAUAUUUGGUCAUGCAGUUAGUGUCUGGCGGAGAGCUCUUUGACCGCAUUGUUGAGAAGGGGUUCUACACGGAGAAGGACGCCAGCACCCUGAUCCGGCAGGUCCUGGACGCUGUGUACUACCUGCACCGCAUGGGCAUCGUGCACAGGGACCUCAAGCCUGAGAACCUGCUUUACUACAGCCAGGAUGAAGAGUCAAAAAUCAUGAUCAGUGACUUUGGAUUGUCGAAGAUGGAGGGUAAAGGAGAUGUGAUGUCCACAGCCUGUGGAACUCCUGGCUAUGUUGCUCCUGAAGUGCUGGCCCAGAAGCCCUACAGCAAAGCCGUGGAUUGCUGGUCCAUCGGGGUCAUCGCCUACAUCCUGCUCUGUGGUUAUCCCCCUUUCUAUGAUGAAAACGACUCCAAACUCUUUGAGCAGAUCCUUAAGGCAGAAUAUGAGUUUGACUCUCCAUACUGGGAUGACAUCUCCGAGUCUGCUAAAGACUUCAUUCGGAAUUUGAUGGAGAAGGACCCUAAUAAAAGAUACACCUGUGAGCAGGCAGCACGGCACCCUUGGAUCGCUGGAGAUACAGCACUCAACAAAAACAUCCACGAGUCGGUCAGCGCUCAGAUCCGGAAGAACUUUGCAAAAAGCAAAUGGAGACAAGCGUUCAAUGCCACGGCAGUCGUGCGGCACAUGAGGCGGCUACACCUCGGCAGCAGCCUGGACAGUGCCAGUGCCAGCGUGUCCAGCACCCUCAGCCUCGCCACGCCACUCCCCGACGCAGCCACACGGAAAGAUUGUAUGUCUCCAUCCACUCUCUGUAGUUUUGUUUCAUCUGCUUCUUCAGGCGUUUCUGCGGUAGGAGGGGACCGGAGACCCAGACCCACCACAGUGACCACAGUGCACACAGGGAGCAAGUGAGCGCCGGGGCGGCGAGGAGCGGGCAGGCGGCCUCGAGCCGUCCCACCCUGCUCGGCCAAGGACUAGAAGAAAGAAGAUUUUUUUAUGGCCAUAUUUUAUACUGCAAUUCUGAAAUGUUUCAUUUAUCACAAACUGCAAUGACUCCAGGAGGAACGGAAUCUAACAGUCUCUGGUGCUGUACAUAUAUAUAUACAUAUAUAUAUAUCUAUAUAUAUAAAUAUAUAUAUGUAUGUGAGUCUAGCAAUGUUCUAACUAAUGAACACUCAUUCUUUCCCCCAGUGAUUUACUCUCUUCUCAGUGUAGGUAACAGUAUAUGUUGUAUUUUUUUCCAUUAACUACAAACAUCUCAACUGGAUUAUUUAAAUAGAAAUACUUUUCUGAGCAUUUUUUUUUUCUUUUAAAAAUUACUUCAAGUAAUGUCCCUCUUCCAGUUUGCUGGGGGAUAGGCUGUUUCUGUAGGUAGGAAUUGGCAUUAACUUUGCAACACGGGAGGAUUUCAAUGGCAUGCCAUUUCUUGCUCCUCAAAUUGGACUGCAAGUCUGUCUGGCUUUAGCAGAGCUGUUACUGCUCAGAUUGAGAAACUGCUGCUUUCCCCUCCAUCCUCCUCCUUGAAAGCCAUGGGGAGAAUUAAAUUGCCACCAGCUGGGAGUUAGCUCAUCCUUGGCCUCAUUCCUGUUGUGCUAGGGAUCAGCACCCUUGUUUCAGAGGAGAGGCAGGGAGAUGGAGUCAGGCAGGAGCUGACCAGAGCUGUGCAAGGGAAAUGAUAGCACAGUCUCAUCCUGCAGCUCCCAUCUCCUUUGACUUGCUGUGUGUUGUGAGCAGAGGGAAAGAAAAGGAAGAUACGGGGGUGGGAAUCAUCAUCUUCUGCCACUGAUUUGCUGUGCUGCCCUCAAGCAAGACAUUUAAUUCACCAGCCUCCCUGUAGUGUGGCCUCUGGCAUAGGGUGCAUCCAGCCCAAGGGCUUCAUGAGAUUCUGAGCACCCACAGCUCCUUCGGGCUUUGCCUGGCAUUGCUGAUGCUCAGCACCUCCCAGAGUAGCCAAAAGUGGGGAGAGGAGUGGUGCUUGAAGCCCUGUGGAAAGCACUGGCAGGUUCUUGGGUGCAAAUUGCAGGAUGUGGUGUAGUGUAGCUCCAUCAUGAUCAGGCUGAGGGCUGACAAGGAGUGCUGAACUGGGAAAGCAGGACCCUGCUGGAAGGCACAGGCACAGCUGGUGGCAGGGGUGGCACUGGCUCUCCCUCCUCCCCAGAGACUCAUACCAAAGGAAGCCAAAUUUUUACCAAUUUUUUAAUUACUGAAUGCAUGCACUUUCCAGGCUCUUUGUGCUGGUGCAUCAUUCAGGAAUAGCCACCACAACUGUUGUGCUGCUGUGCAUUAAAGCAGCUUGAAACAGAGAAGAGAGCAAAUUUUCCUAAUUUGCUAAAAGGCUCCCUCCAGGUUACCUCAAUGAAAUUCCCAUCUGAUUUUGCUUUGAGGAGGUGAGAGGGGAGCCAGGUGGCAGAGGAAGAUGCCCUUCACUGGGCACUCUGAGCCCCUCACAUCCCAGACAGGUCCAUCCCUUCCAGAGGCACAAUUCCCUGCAGGGUGCUCUGUUGCCACACUUGCCUCACUUGUCCUGCACAAGAAAUUGUGAAAUCCAGUCACAGACAGAGCUGAAUGUAUCAGGCAAUUGUGCCUGUGCUGGGAAAAGCCAUAAGAUAGGUAUUUUUCAUCAAGAUUUCUAUAUCCUGCUCCAGCUUUAGCUGGUUGGCUUCACACAGCAGAGCCGGGAUUUCAUCCAUCUUUCUAAAAAAAAAAGGAAAAAAGAAACCUGGAAAAGCAGGUGGCAGUGAGCCCUGCCUCUGUUUGAAGUAGCCACUCCAGUGGCACUUAGAGCUGUUGCACCAGAUCUCUAGUUUCCUCUGUGUUAAGUUGCUCCCUGUUUUCAGAGGGCUGUGGCACAUCUGAGGGAGCCCCGGGUGCUGCAGCUGCCGUGGAUCUCACACAGAAAAGAUAUCAACUUCUCAUUUUAGGAAAGAUAGCAGAUACUGAAUUGUUGGGGACUUAUAUCAAAACUCCGUAUAAUUUCCACAGUGAAGACUCCUGACCAAGAUUUGGGCAGACUGAAGGGCAGGGGAUCUCCUUGCUGCAAAUCACACUCCUGUCCCUGUACCCCAGCCAUUGCCAUCAUACACUUUUUAUCAGCAUUUGCAUCUGAGCUCUUUAUGUCUUGCUGCAAAAGCAUUAAAACAUGAAUAGAACACAUUUCAAACUCAGUCUAAGGCUACUUUAUUUGACCAGCCUGAGUAAGGAGGUUUUAGUUUUGAGAGACUCCAACCCCAAAGAAAUUCAAGGUAUUUCAAACCCCUGUGAUUUCAUAAGCACGGUUGGCUCUAUUCUGCUGCAGUUGCAGGUUGUAAAUAAACAGUCUCCCAGUCUGGCAUCAGUGGAGUUCCCCAUAUUUACACACAUGCAACCAAAAGCAGGAUUUAGUUAGGGAGUAAUUGUCUCUGGAAUAAUUUAGGGGAAAAAAAAUAAAAUAGGGAAUAAUUUUGUCUCUGUAGAGCAAUUUUAAAGUUUAGGGCUCAAGUGUUCCCUCUGUGCCUCCUCUUCUGAAACCUGAGGUCUGGUUUGAACGUGACCUCAGCAGUUGCUGUGGCCACUGAUCAAAAUACAGCAUCCAAAUGAAUCUUGUAGAAAAAAGACAAGCAAAUGGAUUUCCAUCUCCAAAACAAAGAGCAGUGACAGGAGCAAAAGCAGACAUGGUGUCCUGCAGAUGGGGGGGUUCCCAUAAGCUGGCUGCCCCUCCUUGCUGGGUGCUUUCUGUGGUUUUUUUGUUGGGAGGGGUAUUUUUCCUUUCGUUUUUGGAAUUAGUGUGAUUUGGUUUUGUUUCUGCAAGUAAUAUUCUGCCUUGGUUGUGUAAUUUAUCAUUCUCUUUGGCUUGCUAUCAACUGCUGGGAUCAUAAGAUAAGAAACAGAAGCACUUAAGAGCAAAAUUGUUUCUUUCUGCUGCAGUUUUGGUGGUGGGGAGCUCUUCUUUGGUAUCAGUGAAACACAGCUGGAGACCUGACCUAGGUUCACCAAAUGCUUAAAAAUCUCUCCUGAAGCAUCACUUGGUUAAAAUGUCUCAGUUUAAAUCUGGGUAAAUCUGUUAACAGGGGUGACUUGGCAGCAGCCAGGCCAGAUCUGUGGGAGGGGGCUGGAGACAUUUGCCCCUUGGCAGCACAGCCUGUUAGGGCAAACACUCCAGCCUUGCUUGCCAGGGAUGCUCCAGUGGCUUUUGCAUGUCCUUCCUCUGCCCCAGCCUGCUUCUGCUCAGCCACUCUCACAGGAGAAUGCAAAGGUGACAUAAAUAAUGUGGACAUGAGGGGAAUGGCCACAUAGCCCCACAGUAGAAGCUUCAAAACAAAUCCCCAGCUGGCCUUGCCAUGAAGGACUAGGUAGAAAAAUCACUCUGGGCUCUUUUCCAAUGAACUGUCCCACUAAACAAUCUGUGAUUUGCUGCUUGCAUGAGGACUUCAGCCUGGACUCUGUUUGUUACCCUUUCCUGCUUUACCUUAUUGGUACCAAUGUGUUUUUCCUUUGUAAAUUGUUUUCCUCAGCUCCUUCCCCUUCUUUUUCUUUGCUUGCAGCUUUGAUUGUUGAUUUUUACCUCCAGAGUCACAGAGGCCAUCUCUGAUGCCAACAUCAGUGCUCUUGCUGGGAAAACAAAACAAAACAAAAAAAAAUCCAGAAAAGCUCCAGCUGGCCCCUUAGCCUGCAGAAGAAGUUGUGAGGACAGGCUGCCCAUGAACUCUGCAAGCUGAAAGUCAGUAUUGCAGUGGCAAGGGUUUCUGCUGAUGAUUUUGCAUGUGACUUCAUUCUCAGUGCAUCCUAACUUUCUGCUGGAUCACCCCUUCUGCAGCAUGAAAUGGAUAUUGGCCCUGCAACACGGCUAGUGGGGAAGUAGGAGCGUGGGGGAAAACCUGGCAGUGUUGCUUUCCUGAGACUGUGUCACUCUGCUGUUGCUGUCUCUUCUGUCCUGGUUGCUGCUGUACAGGUGCCAUUAGAGUAGUGGGUACAAAAAAAAAAAGAAAAAAAAAUAAGAUUUUACCUAUGCUUUGUGUGUCUGUUAUGGUUGUGGUGCUGAAAUAAAACCAAGAAAUUUGGUUCAUUCCUCAUGUGAAUCAAACCACAAAGAGGGGUGUGAUCCCACUGGCAGACAUCUCCAUAUAGUUCUACAGUAGGCACUGGAUACGGGUUUCUGCUGUGCAUGUGUCCUGCAUACCUCCAUGACUAUUGACAGUAUUUUUAUUUAUUACCAAUUGUUUUGGGUCCCUGCCUGGUUCUGAUGAAAUUCAGGUCUUGUCCUAAGGUUUUUUCUGUCCCAGGGCCAGCAUAACCCCUGAUCUCAGGCUUUUCUUCCCAAACCCUCUGCAUACCAGAACAUGGGCCUCCAGGGUGCCAUGAAAUGCAGUUGCAGCUGGCCCCAAGGUUGUCCCCUUCCUAUUUUUAGGGAAGCAAUCCACCAGAGAAAGCCAGAUAGCUUUCAGCCAUUGGCAAGCAGAGAGGAUACUGCCCUUUGAUGUGAACUUGGCAUUAACAAGAUCAGCUCUAGGGAAACCUGCACUAUUACUUCCUCCUGUGAUAGCAGCUCCAGUCCUGAGCAGCACUGAAUGAGCACCAGAUAAAAACACCAGAUUGACUUUGCCAGUAAGAUCGUGCAGGCUGUAGCCUGUUCCUUUUGCUCUUUCCAAAGAAUCAGGGGAUUAAUCUACUGGCAAAAUAAGUUUCUAGGCUGAGCCCCAAGGUACAGAAGUAGAUUCCAUUUGGCAUAUGGAAAUUCUCAUUUGAUGCAGUUAUUCCUGUUCUAGCUCCUGUGCAUAUUUACCUCUCUGAAUUUGGGCCUGAAUGCAUCCCAGAAAUUAUUAAUGGGAAGGGAGUUUUGCCUUCUAUAUUGUGCUUAUUUGUACCAGAAACUUGAACACUCAUUCAAGUAAAAAGCAGAAACACACAGGGAGAUUACAGUAUCCAAGGAAAACAGCAUCAAGACCAAGAGGGGAGGAUUAGUUGGCAAAUCUCUGUCAGCAAUGGCUGAGUGAGGGAACAGCAACCCGCUCACAAACACUGCAUGAACUCUUGCUUCCCCUGGUUAACCAGUCAUCCCAUAUUUCAUGCCCAGCAGCAAG